AUGUGCCGAGGGAAGGCAGUGCAGGAUUUUAAAGGUCCAGAUUGUCGCUUUGUAAAUUUUAAGAAGGGAGAAGCCGUGUAUGUAUAUUACAAACUAAUAGGAAAAUCAACCGAGCUUUGGGCUGGAAGUGUUGGAAGCGAUUUUGGAUAUUUUCCAAAGGAUUUACUUGAAAUAAAUCAUAAUUAUUCCAAUGAGGAGCUAGAAUUACCAACAGAUGAAGUGGACUUUGUUUGCUUCGAUGGUGGAAGGGAUGAUUUUGAUAAUUAUAAUGUGGAUGAGCUUUUGAAGUCGUUGAAAGAGACGAUAGGAAAUGAAGGGGAUAUUGCAUCAAGUGACCCAAGGACAAAACCAGCUGAAGGAAUUGAAAAGGAUGAGGAGAUUGAACAGAUUGAUACAGUGAAGUCCCUUGAUGCUUUGGAUGCAGACAAUCUUGAGCUCAGCACAGAAGACAAGGAAGCCCUCACCAUGCCAGAGGAAGCAGACACUUCCCUUACAGAAGGAACUGAAAAUACUGGGGAAGACUCCAGUGUCAUUAGUCACAAAGAAAACUCUCAGGGAGAUCAAAUUGCACAUGAGCACUUAACAGGAAUGCUACAUGGGAAGCUAAAAGGGCUAGAAAGUGAAAAUACCAAAAACACUAGUAUUCCUCAGGGUGAAACCAGUCAACUUGACAAAGAGAAUGAAGAAGUCAAUGCCUAUACACUUUUAAACAGAGAGCUCUCUGUGAACUUGAAAACAAAAUUUGGCUCAACUGCUGAUGCUGUUGUAUCAGAUGAUGAAGUGACUCGCCUUGUUACAUCACUGGAAGAUGAUUUUAGUGAAGAUUUGAGCAUUAAUGCUCAUGAUGCAGAGGAGCCAGACUUUGCAGGUCAAUCUGAAGAAAUCCCUUUGCUGUCUUUUGCAGCAGAGGAUGAAAUUACAUUCCCAGCAGAUUUAGAUGAUGAUGAAAAUGAUGACAUUGAGUCACAAAACCAGAAACCUGAUGAAAAUGCCAAGGGUGCUACAGAGCUAAAUAACCAAAGAGACAAUGAAGAACCUGAAUCAGAUGCAUUAAUUCUUAAAGAUGCCCUCAGUAGGAGCAAGAAAUCAGGUGACAGUAUAAGCGUGGACAGAUCUGAAUCUAAACAAACAAAAGAGAAACAGGAUGAGGCAAUGUUAAUCAGUAAAAGAGAAGCCCCAGCAACAACUCAACCUGAGGAUCUCUCCAAAGAAUUGCUUAGAAAGGAACCUGUAGAUACAGGCGAUCUGGGUUCACAAGACAAAGCAAACAAAACUGAACAGUUUGAAGAGCAGCUGACGGUUGAUGAAACUGAGUCACAUACUGAAGAGCUGAAGAGUACAGCUGUGCCUGAUUCUCAUGUUUUGCCUAGUCCAGGAGAUGAUCUGAAUUCUGAAUCACUUGUUAAAAGCAAGCAAGAUGCUCUAAAACCAUCUGUUGGUGAUAUCAACAAAAGUCCUGAAAGAGUGCUGCUUGAUCCAAUAGAGAAAGAUGAAAAAAUCUUUGAGGAUGACACCUUGGAAGUGGUCUUGGAAAGUGAUUUAAAGCACAAAAAGUUAUGGGAGAAAACAAAGGAGAAAGGAAGAGCUGAGAUCAAGCCUUCUCCUGAUGUUCCAGUCAAACAGGUGGAAGAGGUAAAAAUGACUCCGAGUGACUUAGGAGAUAGUGACCUCUUGAAAGAGAAACUGGAGUAUGGCAUGCCUGCUGCGGAGAAAGAACUUCUAAGAUGGGAAGAUUUGAAACAAACAGGGGAGACGGAUCAUGAAAACCAGAAACCCACCCCCUCUCUUAACAAGGACCUUGAAAUAAAAAGGAGGAACAUGAAAGAAACCCCUGCAGGGGAGAGAGACCUAAGCCAUAGAGGAGCUGUUGAGCAACCUAGGUCAUGGGAAAAUGAGACUGAGUAUUCAGAUGUGAAAGAAGAGCUUUCAAGAAAUCUUGGCAAUAUGACAGUAUUUGAAGAAAGCAUUGAGAAAAGUUCCCCUGAAGAAAAAUCAAAAAGCACUAUGCAGAAUGCUAAUAGAGAGAAUCUCACUCAGCAAGGAACUGCUCGUACUGAGGACAUGGAGUCAGACAGAAAUCUUGGCACAAAUUUAGCUGAAGAAAGAAUGGUAAGACCAGAAUUGCAAUCUGAAGAGCUGGAUGCUGAGGAUGACCCUGUCUUGAAACAAGUAGAGGAAGAGCUGCUGGAAGAUGAGAAUGCUGCAAGUGCAAAGCUGUCACAAGCAAAGGCUGCAAAUAUACAGGGUGAUACACUAAAUCUUAAAAGUGCAAACGCUGAAUCAGAAGUACCAAGUGAAGCUGUUUCAGGAAUCACAAAUCCUACUUACGAAUCAGGAAAGCAAACAAACUCAUUUUCUAACGAGGCAAAAAAAAUGCUCGGCAUGCAAGAUGCGAGUGAGACUGGGAGGAAAGAGGCUGAUGUACCUGUAAGCAAAGAUGCUAAAUUGGAUGCGGUGGAAAGUGUCAUGGAAGAUGAGGAGUCUUCCGAAGCUGAGGACCCAUCAGCUGUGGAAGAACAUAAUUUCCAGUCUCCUGACAUGGAAGACAACAAUGGCUUUCACCAAAGGAAAGAUCAUUUCCCAGAGGGCAUUUCACAGAGACACUCAAAAGAGGUGCAAAAUUUAGAGCACACGAGAAAUGACCACCAGCAAUCUGCACAUUUCCCCAGUCCUGCUGACAGUUCAGCAGCUGCAGAUGACACUGUGCCAGACUUCAGUGAGUCUGUGAAGCGACUCACAAUAACGAGAGAUUUUCUUGAUGAAAAACGUGUGAUACGUCUACAAAAGUACCUUGGGCUUCAACAUGUGGUUAGGAUAGAAGCCAUGUUUCAUGACAUGAAGACGGAGAUGGAGCUUGCUCGGAAGGCAAGCCACAAUAAUGAUGAUACAGAAAAAGCUUUGGACCAGAUACUUGAGUUCUCGGAAUCGAGCAUUAUGGAUGUUGUGGGAAGAGUUCUGGAUUCCAGAGUGGCAGAAAAUAAAGAGGAGGUGGUGAAAGAGAUGGAUUUGUAUGAUGAGGAGAGUGCACUGAUGGAUGAUAUUCAAGAAUUAAUAUAUUCUUUAAGGAGUAAAUAUUCAUCUGCUAGUGAGAGUGUCCCACUUGCAUCUAUUCCAGAACAGGAAGAUGAUCAACUGCACCUUCAAGAUGGUGCAAAAGAGGCUGAACAUGACAGACUUUCCAUUGGAAACCCAGAUGCCAUUGAUAACAGCAAUGAAGAAUUUCAGCAGCUUGAAGAUAAGAGGCCAGAACAGCAUAUAGAGAAGAUGGAGAGGGAUAUUAAGGUUCCACCUGAGCAUGAAGAGACCAACUUCUCAGAUCAUAGAGAAGCUGAAGAAGGAUAUGAUACUGAAAGGGCAUCACUGCUGGAAGACACUUUGUUUGGGUCAGUUGAUUCAGGACAGAGCGCCAGGGAAGAUACUGCUGCAG